GUACUCUGUGAUGGGAUCUUGUACAAACGCAAAGUCGGGGUCCUCGGUACCUUAACCCCGAAACAUGGAUAUUUCAUUCUGACCGCUAGACGGAAUCGGCACUGUAUUGAAAUCUCUCGUUCAGGGCCACGCCCACACUGAGCUCCCUGAUCCUAGGGCAGGCAGGCAGAGUGUAAAAUGGCGCACAGCUGUCGGUGGCGGUUCCCUGCUCGGCCCGGAGGGAGCAGCAGCUCGGGCACCGGGAGGAAAGCUGGCCGAAUUCGGGUCACUGCUUCCCUCCGAAAUAACGCGGGGACUAAUCCGAACGCGAAUGGGCUCGGGCCCGGUUUCGACGCUGCGUUGCAAGUGUCCGCUGCCAUCGGCGGCAACCUGCAGAAAUUUCGGGAUGUUUUGGGGGAGUCGAGCGGCUCCAGCAGCGAGGAGGAGGAAUUUGGAGGCUUUGACACAUUCAAUGACAGAAGAAUACAAAGCCCAGGAAGGACGUCGAUAGGUUCUGUCACACCAGAAAAGAAGCCCAGAGGACGUCCUCCAAAGGCUUUGGCUGCACAGAGGGUCAGCCCUAGUGUUGAGACAGCGUCUUUGCCUGUCACCACAGCUCCUACAGAGAAGGUAAAACGACCACCAGGGAGACCCCCAGGCUCUGGAGAAAGAAAAAGAGGCCGCCCUCCUGCUUCUGCCAGCCAUAGGAACUGGCAACAGAGUAGCCAUGCACUGCCUGAACAUGGUAGGGAUGCAACACAGGAAUGCAGCUCUAGUCCCACACAUCGCAAGGACGGUGUGGAGGACGACGACAAGGAGAAAAGACAAACUCUGCUUGGGUCUGGGCAGCAUCAGGGAUCUGAAGCAAAGUUUCACAAAAUUAGCAGAGAAUCCAAGGUGACCAAACUGAAAAGAAUGCGAGAUGUCAAACUGAGCCCACUGAAAUCUAGGUUGAAGGCCAUUGUGAGAAAGGGUGUCCCAGUUCCUGUUGUGGAAAGACGAAAACGGGGUAGACCACCUUCUGCUGAACGCCUCAAAGCUGAGGCUGCUGCUGCUGCUGCUCAGACUGCCGUUGCCUCCUCAGUCCAGGAGUUGUCCCCCACUGUGCCUGGGACUGCCAAACAUAAGGCCUACAGGGUCCGUCAGGUACAAGAUUUGGGUCCCAGCACUCCACAUGAUAUCAAGCUCAGGGCUUCUCAUCCUGCUGAUGAAUGCACUAGCUCAGACCCCCAUGGCUCUCCCCCAACAGUAAACCCAGUAACGCCUUCUAAACUUGGAAAGCAAUUAGGAUUACGUCAGAGCCCUCGUCAUAUCAAGCCUGUGCGCGUUGUCCCUCCCUCUAAGCGCACUGAUGCCACCAUUGCGAAGCAGCUGCUACAACGAGCAAAGAAAGGAGCUCAGAAAAAGAAACUAUUGGAGAAAGAGGCUAUUGGAGGUCUUGAGGGUGGGAGGCACAGAAGGCGAACACCGUUAACAAACAUAAGGCAAUUUAUUAUGCCUCUUGUGAGCACCGUGUCCUUGCGCAUCAUCAGGACUCCAAAGCGGUUCAUUGAUGAGGCCAGUUUCAGCACUCAACCACACACAAAAAUUGCACGAUUGGACUCGGUGGCAUCUUCCUCAGUGCCCCAACCCAUAACGCCAUCAUCCCCUCCUCUUGUUUCCACAACUCCGGUCACAAGUGGAACUGCUGCCACACCAGGGGCAAGGCCUGCUGUUGACACUCUCCCUCCCCCACCACCUCCUGUCUCAACGGCCAGCACCACCGCCGGUGUGGCUGGUCUCCUUAACAGCAGCUGCAACAACAGCACUAGUAAUGGACGUUUCAGUAGUAGUGCAGCCUCAUGCGGCUCCAGCGUUGUCUCACAGCAUUCCUCUCAGUUGUCUUCUGGUGAGUCGUCUCGCUCCAGCAGUCCAACCCUUGAUGACUCUUCCUGUGAUUCGCAGGCAUCUGAGGGCACCCAUGCCCUCUCGGAAGAACCUGAACAUUCCCCUGGCUUUCAAGGAGAGACGAAGACCAGCAUGCACCACGCCUCGCACCCACCAUCACCUCCAUCUGAGCCAGAGAUAGAUCAUGUGUUGAUUGCACCCAGCAGGCGGGGUCGAAGGGGUCAGAGUCACAAGAGGGGUGCUUUAGUGGCACGUGGUAGAGGCAGUCUGAUUAGUAGAAGAAAGCAGACCAUCAUCAGCCCAGCCACAGGGGUUUUGAUGUCAUCUUCUGUUUCACAGUCUGGAUCUCAACAAGCCUCUUCCACAGCUUCAUCCUCCUCCUCCCCACCACCUCUUCUCAGCCCUCCCCAGCCUCCACAGGCAGCUUCAGCCAAUACAUCCGAGCAUCAUUCCCACUCUUCGUGGAUGAUGCCACAUUCAGUUCCCCCCUUCCUUCCCACCCCUACAGUACUCUCCAGGUCUCAUGACCGUCGCUCCAUAUUACGAGAACCCACUUUCCGUUGGACAUCUUUGUCAUGUGCAGAUAAUAAGUACUUCUCCUCUGCCAAGUAUGCAAAGGAGGGCCUUAUUCGAAAACCCACGUUUGACAACUUUCGUCCUCCACCACUCACUGCUGAAGAUGUGGGGCUCAUGCCUCCAGGCCCUAGUGGAGGUGGUGGUGCACCAGGAGGAUUCCCUGCACCAGGUGGAGCAGCUGGGGCUGGUACCAGGCUUUUUCUCCCCCAUCAUCACCACAAUCACCACCAGCAUUCAUCAUCACGGUUUGAUACACCACUCCAGAAGCGCAGUCCCCUACUGCGUCCUGCUCACUUCACUCCGAGUGCGGCUCAUUCCCGCAUCUAUGAGUCAGUCACCCUCCCAUCCUCCUCAGGCAGCAGCCCUGGGUCCCUAUCCCCUCUUCAAGUCUCACCAACAUCAAGCAAAAAGAGGAAAGGAUCUAGGUUCUCCCGUGGACACCCCAGGUCACCCUCACACUCCAUGACUACCAGGAGCAGUCAGUCUGGAGUUCCAACAGGGAAGUCCACGUCUGAACAAUCCAUGUUGAGCAGUUCUGUUCCUAUAAGCGUGACUGGUAAUUCCAGCCCAUUGCCUGGAGUUGCAGUCAGUCCACGUGCUGCUAGUGCCUUAACUCAAGCUUUCAGCAGCUUUCAAUCAGGCUCCAUUGGCCUGACAAGCCAUGGGGCAUCAGAUGGGCGACGAGCAGCCGGAGGUCUCGGUGUGAGUGGGAGUUCUGCUUCAUCUUCACAGAUAUUCUCACUUUUUACACCCAAUCCUCAAGCUUCUGGUGUGGUUACUGGAAAAGCAGGAAGGGAGCGGAGUGCUUCUGCUAAUAGAGACAGCGGUCUGAAGGAGAAGGAAAGGGAACCAGAGAAGGCUAGAGAGCGUGAAAAAGAAAACAAGAGAGAUGGAAGGAAAGAUUGGGAUAAAAGAGGAAAGGGCCUUCCAUCAGAGGCUUCCCCUAAUUCUACAUCUAGCCUCUUGGAAGAAGAGCAUCUUGCCCAGAAAAAAACACCUGGUCGGAAGAAGUCUGUCACGGUUGAUUCUGGUGCUGAGGCCUCUCUGAGUGACUCCACAGCAGUGCGGCCAGUUGGGGCGUUGGCAUCCAAGGGUCGUCUUCCAAAGAAAGGCAGACCUUCUGAGAAAAGUAUUGAAACUGAGCCUGUAGAGAGGGAGAAGGACAAGGAAAGGUUAAGUGCUCCUAUCCAGCCGGGGCAGAUGAAAAAAUCCCCUGCAGCCACAUCACUAACCUGGAGCCCAGUCACAGACAGGCGUGUUGUAAGACUGCUGAAAAAGGCUAAAGCUCAGCUCAGUAAGAUUGAGAAGAGAGAGUCACAGUCUGGCGAUCAGCCCAAAUUGCAGAGUCAGGAGAGUGACUCUUCAGAAACAUCAGUACGUGGUCCGCGCAUAAAGCAUGUGUGUCGUCGUGCAGCUGUAGCUCUGGGUCGCAAUCGUGCUGUGUUCCCAGAUGAUAUGCCUACCCUUAGUGCCUUGCCAUGGGAGGAGAGAGAAAAGAUCUUGUCUUCCAUGGGAAAUGAUGACAAAUCAUCAGUUGCGGGAUCAGAGGAGGCAGAGCCACACACCCCUCCCAUUAAGCCAAUAACAAGGCAAAAAAUGGUCCAGGAGGCCCCACCAAAAAAGGGUCGGCGCUCUCGACGCUGCGGGCAGUGUCCAGGCUGCCAGGUCCCUAACGACUGUGGGGUCUGCACUAACUGCCUGGAUAAGCCCAAAUUUGGGGGACGCAAUAUUAAAAAGCAAUGCUGCAAAGUAAGGAAAUGUCAGAACUUGCAGUGGAUGCCGUCAAAGUUUCUACAGAAGCAGGCAAAGGGUAAAAAAGAUAAGAAGAGAAAUAAAUUGUCUGAAAAAAAGGAUGCACAUCACAGCAUGAAAUCACAGUGUUCUGAAGCAAGCCCCAAACCAGCCCCUUCUCCAAAGGAUGACCCGCCUCGUAAGAAAAGUGAAACUCCACCACCUGUCCAAGGAGAGGACAGGCAAAAGCAAACACAACCCACAUCACCAUCCUCACCAGCUUCCUCCCCAAAGCAUGCUCCUUUUUCUCCUUCUGACGACCCCAAGCAGUCUCAGGCAAGCUCAGCCCCCAGGAAAGAUAGAAAACAGCAAGCCAGUCCAUCAGCCACUUCUCUGCAUGCUGCCCCUUCUUCUCCACUAUCACAAUCCCAGCAGUCCUUGCAGCAGCAAAGCCAAGUGCCAACAAAAAAGGAAAGCCUGUCAAAGUCCCAGCCCGGUGAGCCUAAGAAGAAAUCUCAGCAGCAAAGUCAACCCAGCCCUUUCGUAGACACAGCAUCUGAAGCAAAGCAAAAGAAACAAACCACUCGAUGUGUUCAACCACCCAAGUCUAAACCAAAAGAGAAGAUACAAACCAAACCUGACAGCAGUACUUUAAACUCCCAAAGCACUCCCUCGACUAGGGGCACCACCAAGCAGAAAGCACCCUGCGAUGGAGUGCAUCGAAUCCGAGUAGAUUUCAAGGAGGACUAUGAUAUUGAGAAUGCUUGGGAGAUGGGUGGUCUCAGCAUUCUCACCUCUGUGCCAAUCACCCCUCGGGUGGUGUGCUUUCUUUGUGCCAGCAGCGGAAACGUAGAGUUUGUGUUCUGCCAGGUGUGUUGUGAACCUUUCCAUCUUUUCUGCUUGGGAGAGACAGAGCGCCCCCAUGAAGAGCAGUGGGAAAACUGGUGUUGCCGUCGUUGUCGCUUUUGCCAUGUGUGUGGCCGGAAGUACCAGAAAACCAAACAACUACUGGAGUGUGACAAGUGCCGAAACAGCUUUCACCCUGAGUGCCUGGGACCCAACCACCCUACCAGACCCACUAAGAAGAAAAGAGUCUGGAUAUGCACCAAAUGUGUGUGCUGUAAGAGUUGUGGGGCAACUAAACCAGGCAAAGCUUGGGAUGCCCAGUGGUCACAUGACUUCUCUUUGUGUCAUGACUGUGCCAAAAAUGUUUCUAAAGGUAACUUCUGCCCACUCUGUAAUAAGUGCUAUGAGGACGAUGACUGUGAAAGCAAAAUGGUGAAGUGCAGGAAGUGUGAUUGCUGGGUACAUGCCAAAUGUGAAAGUUUAACCGAUGAUAUGUAUGAGGUCCUGUCUAACCUGCCGGAGAAUGUGGCUUAUACCUGCAUAAACUGCACUGAGCACCAUCCUGCUGAGUGGCGUGAUGUCCUGGAGAAGGAAAUUCAGAAAUCUAUGCGGCAGGUUCUUACUGCCCUGCUCAACUCUCGCACAUCCACACACCUGCUUCGCUACAGACAGGCUGUUAUGAAGCCACCUGAGCUGAACCCAGAAACAGAAGAGAGCCUUCCCUCACGCCGUUCCCCCGAAGGUCCUGACCCGCCCAUCUUAACAGAGGUCUCGCCACCAAAUGAUUCCCCUCUUGAUUUGCAGUCUGUGGAGAAGAAAAUGGAAUCAGGAUGCUAUAAAUCUGUUCUGGAGUUCAGUGAUGACAUCGUGAAAAUCAUUCAGACAGCCUUCAAUUCGGAUGGAGGUCAGAUAGAGAGCAGAAGAGCCAACAGCAUGAUCAAGUAUUUCUUUAUUCGGCAAAUGGAGCGGAUUUUUCCAUGGUUUAGCGUGAAGGAGUCCAAAAUCUGGGAGACACACAAAGUCUCUCCCAAUAGUGGACUACUUCCAAAUGCUGUGCUGCCCCCAUCAUUGGACCACAACUACGCACAGUGGCAGGAAAGGGAGGAGAUAGCCAGGGCUAAGCAGCCUCUGCUCAUGAAAAAGAUCAUUCCUGCUCCUCGACCUAAAGCUCCUGGGGAACCUGACUCUCUGAUCGCCCCAACACCACCACCUCCACCACCCAAGCUUAUCCAAGACCUGAGUCAUGAAGACUGCAUUGAGCACCCUCCUCCCCCUGGUGUCGGUGACAACAGACUGUGUGCACUUUGUCUAAAUUAUGGAGAUGCGGACACAAAUGACUGUGGGAGAUUGCUUUAUAUUGGCCAGAAUGAGUGGACCCAUGUGAAUUGUGCAUUGUGGUCAGCAGAAGUGUUUGAGGAUGUUGAUGGCUCUCUCAAAAAUGUCCAUAUGGCAGUCAGCCGAGGCAAACAGCUGCGUUGUGAGAACUGUCACAAGCUUGGAGCCACAGUGAGUUGUUGCCUGACCUCGUGUACCAGUAACUACCACUUCAUGUGUGCACGUCAGCAGCAGUGCGCGUUUUUAGAGGACAAGAAAGUUUACUGUCAGCGUCACAGAGCUCUGAUAAAGGGAGAGGUGGUGCCAGAGUCAGGCUUUGAAGUGACUCGGAGGGUCCUUGUGGAUUUUGAGGGAAUCAGUCUGAGAAAGAAGUUCAUUAAUGGACUUGAACCAAACAACAUUCACAUGAUGAUAGGGUCUAUGACCAUCGACUGUCUCGGUAUGCUAACAGAAUUGUCAGAUUGCGAAAAGAAGUUGUUUCCUGUGGGAUAUCAAUGCUCAAGGGUCUACUGGAGUACUCUGGAUGCCCGCAAGCGUUGCGUCUAUAAGUGCAGAAUUCUGGUGUGCCGAUCCUCUAUGACUGAAAAUAUCAAUAACUUAGCAGUUCAAGAGGAGAACCACACAGUGGCUCAUAGUCCUCCAUCUGUACUGGCUUUGCCUGGACCCACAGAUUCCAUAAAACCACUGAAUGUGCCUUCCAAACCAGAACCAAGGGUUUAUUUUAGAAACAGACACCCCAGCUACCCACCAUGUCAUCGUUCUCCCACUACCAGACCACUUCCAUCCCCAGAUGGGUUUACCAGGUCAACCCAUGAGAUUGUGACUGUGGGGGACCCUCUGCUGAGCUCAAAUCUACGAAGGAUCGGAUCUCGUCGACACAGCACUUCUUCUGUCCCCGCUCAACCACCUAGGCAAAAGGUUUCCACCUCUCCACAGGGAGGCACAGUUUCUGGUACAGGUAAUCCAUCUGCCAUCGCCCUGUUUACAACUGCUAAGGAACCUGUAAGCAGGGAGAUGGAAACAGGAAGGGCAACAUCUGGAGAAAGAAACCACAGUCGAGAGGCAAAUGCAAUAAACAGUGGAGCACAACGUCGACUCAAUUUCGGUUUCACUGAACGAGUAGAAGUUGGGAGAGAAGUAACCAAAAAGCAUUCAGAGGGUGACGAUUUAAAAUCAUCACAACCGGCAACUGUAAGUCAGGUUUCACCACCUCUUGGAACUGCAGUUUUGACUGGACAUCAAAGAGGAAGUGGCAGUCUUCGAACAGAGAAAGGCAAACAAGCCACAAAAGAUACUGAUCUUCCAGCUGGAGCCAUGUUUACGUCCAGUCAUCCACUUGCCUCUCUUCCAAAAGACAAAGCUAAUCCAGUCAAGGAAGGAAAUGUGACAACAGUGACUGCAUCAAAAGACACAGGAAAAACUGGGUUGCCUCAGUCAGUUUACAGUAAAAGUGGAGGUAGGAAGUCCCACGACUAUGUGUCCGGCCCAACUCCGGCAGCAGCUAUGAAGCCUCUCUGGACAUCUGGUGCCAAGGUGGGAGAGGAGGACAUAAAGCGUGGCUUCCAGGCAGGUCCUGCCAUGGUUGCUAGUCAUGGAACUUCUAGCACCAAAGAAAAACACUCCAAAGCAAAAACAAAUGUGACCAGAGAUGUUUCAAAAGAAAGAAAAGAAACUCCACAAAACAGAAACACAGUUCAUAAAAGCAACUCUAAAAGCAGUAAUGUCAAAACGCAAGCUCAAGGUCCAGCUGCACAAAACAGUAGCAAUAAACCCACAGCACUGAGCAGUAAUAAAGUUUCUGGCACAGUGGAAGUUAAUAAAUUUAAUCAGAAGGAAGGGGAAAAGCCAAUAAAGUCCAAAGAGAGAUUUAGCCUUGAGAAAAAGCAUAGUUCAGCAUUGGAGUCUAUUCAGACAAAAGCAGGUGUAGUAGAGAGAGCUAUUAGGCAACCACACAUACACUCUAAGUCAAGUAAGGAAGUUGCUCCAGUUGAAAAGAAACCAACAGAGAGACUGCCACUGAUGUCUCAGAAAAUGGAUCCUAAUGGAACCAAAGCUGUCAGUAUUUCCCCUACUACAAACCCAUUCACUUCUGUUAAUCCUGGUAGUCAUGGACCCCAAAGAAGGUCCUCUCGAGCGAUGGUUUUCUCCCCGUCUGCAAGCUCGGAGAGCUCCGAGUCAGACAGCCACAUCCAUCCGGAUGUUUCAGAGGAGCAUCUUAUGGACCACCGGUGUGCUGAUGAAGGGGAGGACCAUCAUUUAGAAGAUGAAGGCAGUGUUGAUAAACACCAUGAGGAUGACAGUGACAGUUCAGCAGGUUCUGCAAAGCGCAGAUACCCUAGGCGGAGCGCCCGUGCACGGUCAAACAUGUUCUUUGGACUAACCCCUUUCUAUGGUGUGCGAUCAUACGGUGAGGAAGACAUACCCUUUUAUAGCAGUGGGGAAUUCUCCAUGAGAAAGCGGACUGGGAGCAGCAAGCGUUCAGCUGAAGGACAAGUGGAUGGAGCAGAUGAUAUGAGCACCUCUUCUUCAGCAGACAGUGGAGAGGAUGAAGAGGGAGGAAUUGGUUCUAACAAAGACACAUACUAUUAUAACUUCACACGCACUAUCAUAAACCCUAGCUCUGGUCUUCCACCAAUUGCUGGUAUUGAUCAGUGUUUAGGAAGGGGGUCACAAAUCCACAGGUUCUUGAGAGAUCAGGCAAAGGAGCAGGAAGAUGACAGUGAUGAGGUUUCAACGGCAACCAAAAAUUUGGAACUGCAACAGAUUGGUCAGCUAGAUGGUGUGGAUGAUGGUUCAGAGAGCGACGUUAGCAGCAGUACAACCACCGCCACUACUUCAUCUACACAUAAAAGCUCUACAAAGAGGAAGGCUAAAGAAAGAGCUGAUAAAUUAAUUAUUGACUCUGGGAAAGAUGCAGAGAAUACCACAAGUGGAGGUAGUGGUAGUCGUAAAAAUCAGAAGGAUAACUGUCUUCCAUUAGCAAGUGUGAAAACACAAGGGCAAGACCCCCUUGAUUCACAGUUGUCCCUCACCACUGAUCUCCUCAAGUCUGAUUCUGAUAAUAACAACAGUGAUGACUGUGGUAACAUCCUGCCCUCUGAUAUUAUGGAGUUUGUGCUGAAUACUCCCUCAAUGCAGGCUUUAGGACAGCAGACAGAAACACCAUCUGCUGAACCAUUCUCUUUAGAUGAGAGUUAUGUGGAUGUUAACCAAAGAAAGGAUAUGUUGUUUGAAGAUUUUACUCAACCAUUGGCUAGUACUGAACCUGUAGAAAGUGGGGUGAACACUUCAAUUGCUGUUGGAGAGUCGUAUGGUCUUCCUCUUGAGCUGCCCUCCGACCUCUCUGUUCUAACAACUCGGAGUCCAACGAUAAAUAACCAGAACCAUGGCUCACUCAUCUCUGAGUCUUCAGAGCGCUCCAUGUUGGCUCUUGCCACAGAGGAAUCGGAAGAUGAGAAAAAUGUGAAAAAACCGAGAACAGGGUCCACCGUAUCAAACAAAAGCCCACAGGACAGAUGUGGAGAUUCCCAUGUUCCAGAUGGUCACAUGACUCCAGAACAUUUUAUUCCUGCACGCAUUGAUGGCGACCAUAUUGCAAGUCCUGGAGUCACAUCUGUGGGAGAAACGGGGAGUCAAGAUCUGACAAGAGCUACUAGCACACCGGGCUUACCUAGCUCACCCACCGUGACUCUCCAGAGUCAAAAGUUCAUUCCUGCUGCUACAAUUAGCUCAGGUCCUGCUCCGAUUGCGAGCUCUGCUGUUCAAGCUACAGCCUCUCAAUUAAAGCCUGGGCCAGAGAAAUUAAUAGUGCUAAACCAGCAUCUGCAGCCCCUCUAUGUAUUACAAACCCUUCCCAAUGGUGUAACUCAAAAGAUUCAGAUUGCACCAUCUGUUAGUGGGACAGGUGUUAUGAACACCAGUGCCCCUGUUUUGACUGGCCUCAGUGCUGGCAUCUCCACUUCACAGUCCAUUUUCCCAGCUGGUGGUAAAGGAUUAGUGCCCAUUUCUCAUCACCCCCAAAUCCAUGCCUUUACUAGCACCGCACAGACAGGUUUCCAACAAGUCAUUCCAAGCACCACAUCAGGCCUCCUCAUAGGUGUUCACGAUCCCCAAAUUGGUGUGACCGAGGCGGGACAACGACAUGAUAGUGUUGCUAUGGUAUCUAGUGCCUCCUCCAUCUCGACUCCUACAAUGCUCCCCUCUGUUCAAGGCAAGAAACGCAUUUCACGUCUUAAUACUCAUAAAAGCAAGAAACAAGCACGUUCAAAGAGCCAGCCCACACUUGCUCCUUCAGAUAUUGGGCUCAAUAUGACUCUGAUAAACCUCUCACCGUCACAGAUCGCUACAGGAAUCCCUGCUCAGCCCGGCCUGGUGGAACUGGGAACCAUAACCACAACUACCACACCUCAUCGCAAAAUUCCCAAUAUUAUAAAACGACCAAAGCCGGGUGUUAUGUAUUUGGAACCUACUCUUCUACCACAAUCCAUGCCCAUUUCAACCACAGCUCAACCUGGUAUGUUGGGACACGAUUCUUCGACUCACCUCUUGCCAUGUACUGUGUCAGGGCUCAACCCAAAUCAGUCAGUUUUGAAUGUGGUGUCAGUUCCAUCAAGUGCACCUGGAAACUUUUUGGGACCAAGCUCGGUAUCACUGAGUGCCCCAGGCCUCAUUAGCUCUACUGAUAUCACCGGACCUAUAAGCAACUUGCUCAAAGCCAACCCUCACAACCUGGGCCUUCCAGAGCAACAGAUGGUUCUUCAUUCAGGACCUCAGAUGAUGUCUCAUCUUACUAAUCCUGCCCAAACGUCCAUUGCCAGCAGCAUCUGUGUUUUCCCCCCAAACCAAAGCAUAAGCAUGUCUGUCAACCAGCAGGUGGACAAAGAGGGCAAUGUUCAUCUCCAGCAUUCACUCAGUCGGGUCUUAGCAGAUAAAUCUGCUGACCCAAGUGCAAGUUCAACAGGUCAGGUGCCUCUUGCUCCUAAUCCCAUUACUCAAGACCUGAGCAAAGGUCAUGUGCUUGGAGUCCUGACACAGAGCUCACGAACUUCGCCCAUCUCGCGCCCACCACAUCAGCAACAAUCCUUGAAGUCUUCUGCUAGUGGUGCCUCCACAACUGUUGGGAAAGGAAAGCAAAAAGCUAAAAGGCAACGACCGAGCUCAGAUAAGAGCAGUGGAAAGAAGCAUAAAGGACUUCAUUCAGAUACUCUAACUGUGGACACCUCUGCAAUCCAAAUCUUAACUUUUACAGGGGGCCGUGAACUUUCAUCACCUGAGCCAAUGGAUACGGGGCAGUCUAAUGAAAGCGGUUUUAAAAAGAGUGACUCUGUCACAGCUGAUUCCUCCUCUCUUAAACAAAAGACCAUAGCCACUCGUGAUGAGAAACCAAAGACUGCUGGACUACCAACAAAGAAUGGUGGUAAAGGAUCAAAUGCAUUUUCAGUGGAGACACCUGAUCAGAGGGACAGUGGGAGAAACUCCUCUUUGGACUACAAACCCAAGAAAGGCCUUAUGUUUGAAAUCAGCAGUGAUGACGGCUUUCAGAUUUGCUGUGAAAGUAUUGAAGAGGCAUGGAAGUAUUUGACAGAUAAGGUACAAGAAGCUCGUUCCAAUGCUAGACUGAAAGCACUUUCAUUUGAUGGAGUGGAUGGGUUGAAGAUGCUGGGUGUGGUCCAUGAUGCUGUAGUGUUUCUACUGGAGCAGCUAUAUGGAGCCAGGUAUUGCAGAAACUACAAGUUCCGCUUUCACAAACCUGAGGAGCCAGAUGACCCUCCUAUCAACCCUCACGGAUCAGCUCGUGUUGAGGUUUUUCAUAGGAGAUCAGUUCUGGACAUGUUUAAUUUCCUGGCAUCUAAACACCGUCAGCCUCCUGAAUACAACCCUCAAGAGGAAGAUGAUGAGGAAAUGCAGCUGAAAUCUGCUCGACGUGCCACCAGCAUGGAUUUGCCACUGCCUAUGAGGUUCCGGCACUUGAAGAAAACAUCUAGGGAAGCUGUAGGUGUCUACAGAUCAGCCAUACAUGGCAGAGGUUUGUUCUGCAGAAGAAAUAUUGAUGCUGGAGAGAUGGUGAUCGAGUAUUCUGGGACUGUCAUUCGCUCUGUCCUAACUGACAAGCGCGAGAAGUACUAUGAUGGCAAGGGCAUUGGCUGCUAUAUGUUUCGUAUUGAUGACUAUGAGGUUGUGGAUGCCACCGUGCACGGCAAUGCAGCUCGUUUCAUUAACCAUUCCUGCGAGCCCAACUGCUACUCGCGUGUGGUCAGCGUUGAUGGUCAGAAGCACAUUGUCAUUUUCGCCAUGCGCAAAAUCUAUAGAGGCGAGGAGCUCACAUACGAUUACAAGUUUCCCAUUGAAGAACCAGGCAAUAAGCUGCCGUGCAAUUGCAGGGCGAAGAAGUGUCGCAAGUUUCUCAAUUAAAAGCAACUCACGAGCCCACCUGUGAAAUGCUAGGGAGACUUUUCAAGGGAAGAGACUAUUUUUUAAAUGUUUUGUUGUUGAAGCAGGCUCAGGUUAUCAGAGGGUUAAUGGUAUUGUGCCUCUUAAGUUGUUGGAUUUUUAGAAAAGGCGAAUGAGCAGAGUCAGAACAGAGAGGAUUAUCUUUAUGUCCUCAUCGUUAAAGCCCAAAUUAAGAGAUUAGUGCCCCCCUCAUUCUUAACUUUUGUAUAUGAUGUAUGAUUAUUGUUUUAAUUUUGUUUUUAAAGAAGGAAAUUGUAAACUAUUUUAAAUUUAAAGGUAAAGUCUGGCCUGCCCUUACUUACGAGUGUGACAUUGCUAAACAUUGCCACAUUGUCCAUUCUUCACCAAAGUGCAAUUUCGGAAGGGAAAGAUUUUUCAUCUUUUUAGACUGACAAACUGCAGUCAGUACAUAAUCCUCUUGUUUUUAGCCUGAGCCAUUUAAGCAUCUCUCCCUUUUUGAAUGUACAUUGUAGCCUUCAGAGCAUCCAUCCUUGUCCUUGCAAAGCUGGGCCUGAUUCUCUGACGGAAGACACUGUAAAUAUCAACUUGUAUUUUGAGGUGAUUUACGGGGAAACACUAGGGGGAGCAGUGGUCCCAGGAAUAGAUCAUCUUUUAAACGGUACAAAAAACAUGAGUAGAUUGUAUAUGAGACCCGAAGAAUAGGCCAGCAACGAAAUGAGUUUUAGGGGCUGGCCUGGCUGAGAUCCUGGUGGACUGACAGCCAGAUGACCGCAGCUAUUCUGUGGUCUGGGGGAAGUUAGAUUUAUUUCUUUACUACCCAUUUUUAUAGUAAUACAGAGGAAGAGUAGCUAAAUCGCUUUUUAUUGCAAAUAAUUAUCAUUUGCAUGUACUAAAACGAUUUUUUUAAAACAAUAUUUGUAGGAUUUGAUUGAGUCUAAAUUAUAUAACCAUUUUAUUCAUUGGGUCUCUGAAAAGGGAUGCGUGGCCCACAAUUAUUCAGAUCAUUUAAAUUUUUUCUCUUGCUGACAAAAGUAUCGGUCUAUCAGUAUGUGUAUAUAAUAUGUAUAUUUUUCUUACAAAGGACUGAAAAAGCACUCAUUGGUGAAUAGCACUUAUUUAUAUUUUUAAUAAAACGUAUUUAUUUUGUAAACAUUUUUGUAGCAAAUUGUAGAGAAUUACAACACUAAUGCUUUGUCCAGACAUUUUGAUAGCGCCGUCUCUCUAAAAUAUUUUUUGUAGGUCGAACGUUUUUUUUUCUAUUCCAAAGACUGAAACGGUUACGGUCCCCACAGAAUGCGGUCCACCAGUGGCUCACAUUGCCAACCCAAAACAAGCAUGUAUGACUCACUUUGUGCCAGCCUUUAGAAACAGCCCACCUGCCCCCUACAAGACCCUCUUUACGGUUACCUUUGUGCAUUUCCACUAAAGGGUAAAAUGUCUUAACCAUUCUAGCAACUGACAAGUUCCAAAGUUGAUUCCAUAUAUUUUGUUAUAUCAAAAUAUUUUCGUAGAGAUUGGUGUAAUGCAAGGAAUUUGCCGCGGAGGCUUUCCCAUGUAAAACUACUUUAAAGCACUAUAUAUAUGGAGGAAUCAGAGGGCUCUCUGUUUUUCCUUGUGGUCUUGUGCACUGAAGAUAAGUCGUCUUCCCAGUCUUCUUCAACACAUGUUGCCUUGGCAUCGCGCGCGGCUCCAGUUAGCCAUUUAAUACACGUUAUAUGCUCGUUUUGUCUUGUAGACCUCCCCCAAACUUUUCCCAUUUAAGGGAUGAAGCUUUGUUUGAUCCCUGUUUAAAUAAGGCAACUGUUAUGGUAAGACUCUUGUACUAUGGAUUGUUCUUCCAUGGUUCUUUCAGAUCUGAAGUUUGGUGCCUUCUAAAUAUUUUUUUUUUUUUUUUUAUAAUAGCCCCCAGUUGUUACAACAUGACAGUGUAAAUCGUUCUUGGCGUACAUCUCUUUACGCUGGAAAAUAAGUAAUUUCUACAAAAACAAACCUGUUUAACUAGGGCACAAACAUAUUCUUUUUAUGGGUAAACUAUCCGCGGUUUUGUUUUUCAUGAAUGCAUUUUAAAGGGAUGCUGUAGCACGAGUAUGUGGAUGGGUAUUGCAGAAUGACUUGGGAUCUGUACAUACUUCUAGACAAAGCUGCUUUGUGCAACUGUGGUUUCCUCAGCGAGCCACUAUUAAGGCCAGUUCCUCAGUGUCUCCUUGCCUCGCAAGUUUUAACUCUAACACACGGGUUUUUUUUUUUUGGCCGCUGCAGAUAGCUUCACGGUACCUUGGCUAAAACCAGUUUAGCAUUUCCCAGCAUUUCAAUUUUGGCACUGUAGAUCAGAGGAGUUUUGUGUGUUGCCUCAUUUAUCAUUGGCUCCUGUAUCAAAGCCUUAUUUUAUGUCUACGUUCGUUUUGAUCUGUUUAUUAAGGAAUUGCGGUUUAGCCAUCUUGAUUUCAGGGAUACUCGGGGGGGCCUGCCCGACUUUCCUCUCGCCCCGGCACCCCUGUGGAGCAGGGACGUGCUGAAUUCUGCAGCUUGGCCGUCGUUGAAUGUAUUUUAGAUUUAAUGAAUUUUAUUUUGUUCACUUUUUUCUCCAACAAGAAAGGCUGGGAAGAUACGGGACAGAUUUGUAUUUCAGGAAAUAAGAGGAUUAUACAGCAAUGGCAAUCUUUGCAGGGUUAUACAGAAAAUCUAUUGCUCAGUCUAACGAAAUAAGAUUUUUAUUUUAUUAAUAUAUUUUCUUUUGUAAUGCAGUUACUAAUCGUAAGGGCUUUGUAAUAGACUCCUGCACAGACAUCAAUACAACUUCUUCAGACGCUCCAUAAACCGACGUGAUAGUGCUCAGUCAGUGUUGCAGAAGCAGACAUGCUUCGUUUUUUCUGGAAUUUACUCUUCCACGCCACACACGUGGUACCACACCUUCUGUAAUUAUAACCUACAAUAUUUAUUCACACACCGUAUACAUGGAUAUACAUAUAUAUGAACUAUAAACGUGUUUAAUAGUAACUUGUACUUCAAUAUCUACACAAUAUACGGAAUGGUCAGACAAACUUAGAUACAGUAGCAAACAGCAACUUCAUAAUGGUUAAUUGCAAUGUUCAGUGUAUAAUCUUUAAUGGUUUUGUGUUACAGAAAAACUUUAUAGAGUAACUAAUGUGCAUCAUUUCAAGAUCAAGUACCAGUUUUUCUGUGCCUGUGUACGUUCCCCUUAAGCGGAGCAUUGCAGUUUUUCUUUAUUUUUGUAUUUUUUAUUUGGAAAGGAGCGAUAUUUAUAUUAUGAAAAAUCAUGUAAAAUGUGGUUGUAAACUUUGAGCAUUGAUAUUUUGUUUGCUUUUAAUGGUGUAGUUGGCUUUAUUUUACUCUGUACAUUUUUAAACAGUUUGUGGACAUCAGGAGAAAAAUGAUUCUUGCCUGAACCCAGCAUCGUCACCUAUACCUCUCUAUCUUAUCGGGACUUAAGUUGUACUUUUUCUUAUGUGAUGUUCUGUAAUAUGUAACAGUAACCAUUCUAUUUAUUUAUUUCUGAAACAUCUCUAAAUGUGCACUGAGAUCAAGGUGUCAUAUAUGCUCCCACGGUUGACACGGCUCCCUGUUUAUGAAAAUGUAUGGCUAAUUUUGUACAGAUAUGUGUUGCGGACCAUCUGAGGUACUUUGGGGGAUGAGAGAGGUCAGACCCUCGAGACGGGGAGAUUUUAAUUUGUUCCUUUUAAUGGACUUUUCGUUUUCUCUGUAGCUUCAAGAAUUUCAUGUCGAUGUUGAUACUGACAGUUUUACUUUUUUAUUUUCUUCACGUUUGCCCCAUCAGUGUUUUACAGAAAAAUGAAGGAAAAUUGUCCUGAAAUAGUCAACCACAAACUACUUAAGGAUGAAUGUAUAAUGAGGAAAAAAUUGUACAUUACUGUAAAAAGGAAAAUUUCUAAUCAUGUUUAUUUUCUAUGCACUUUUUUUAUUUAAGUGAUAGUUUAAAUAAUAAACAUGUCUUGUUUACUCAGA